AUGCUCAGGGCCACCACACUGCAUGGGAAGGUAACCACCCACUCAUGCCGCGGGAGCAGUUAUACUGCAAGGGGAAGCGUGGGUCGGGUGGGGGUGGAAGCAGAGGAUCUCGCUCGGCGGACGGAACCGGCGGGCGGGAUCCAACACGUCGGACCGCCGGAGUCUUACUACGGGGUCCCGGCGGUCGGCAACGGAAAGCGGUCAGAGGACCGCUUUCUGGCAGCCGCAAAACUGACGAAAAGUGAAGGGGGCAAAGCCACCCAGAAAAGGUAGAGGGAGGGGAAAAAAGGAAACCCCCUCAAACCCGAGAAGAAAACGAUCCCCAGACAGGGGGCCCAAAACAGGAAAAUGCAGAAAAGUCAUAAGAGAAAAUGCAUCCCUACAGCAAAAAAGUAAGGACAGAAAAAUACAAUCUAAAUAAAUAAAUCAUAAUGGCAGUAGGAAGGUAAACACAUUCUAAACAAAUAAAUCCCUACAGCCAUAAGAAUGUAGAUGCAGAAAAACAGAGUAAAUAAAUCAACUAAGCAAUCACUACAGCACUUAGCAGGUAGGUGUAGAAAAUACAGUAUAGCUAAAUAAAUCAAUCACUAGAGCACUAAGAAGGUGGAUGCAGAAAAUACAGUAUAGCUAAAUAAAUCAAUCCCUACAGCACUAAGUAGGUUGAUGCAAAAAUACCCUCUAAACAAAUUAAUCAAUACAGUAAUAAACAUAUAAAUACAGUAAAAUAUCCACAACCACCCAUAUAAAACAGGAGGCAGUGAUACUCUGACCUGUACUGACUGCGGAGCAGCAAAGAAAGAGGAAAUAGUUAGUUGGGAGAAGCCUUUUAUAGAUUCCUGAUUUUUUUGUCUCUGGUUUUUUUAUCUCUAUGUUAAUGUGCUGCUGUGGAGUUCUAGUAAAGAGAGACUUAAGCAAAUAUGAAGCCUCCUGUCAUGCUAUAAAAUCUGUAUUACUUUAUUUCAUGAGGAGAAACUUCACUCUGUCGCAUUUAGAAAUACAAAUUUGCAUGAUUCUUAUUCACGAAUCGAUCUAUGCUUAGUACAAGCUAAUACUUUGAAAGAAAUAAAUACAAUCCAAAUUAAGGAUAAUACUUGGUCAGACCAUAGUUUCUUAAUUUUGGAAAUAGGUAAGAUCCUACAGAGAUCUACUGAUUCCUGGAGAAUGAACGACUCUCUCUUUAAGCUCAAGAUAAAUCAAGACAAUAUAAUUAAACUCUCAAGGUUUUUUUGGCUUGAAAACUCUACCCCUGAUAUUCUAGAUUCCACUUUAUGGUCUUCAUAUAAAGCGGUUAUUAGAGGCUAUCUUAUUAAAAUUGAAAAACAAUCUAAAACUAGGAUAAAUAGAGAUCUAACAGAUCUAAAUAUUCAAUAUUUUAACCUGUCUAAAAUUAAUAAAGAGUUUCCAACUCCUCAAUUAAGAUCAGCACUUCUAGAACUACAAAAACAAAUUAAUUUUAAGACAGAAGAAAAGAUUAGAAAAACAAUUAAUAAAUUGAGAUUAAAUACUUACCAUCAAAGUAACAAAGCAAAUAAAAACUUAACCAAAAGAUUAAAAAAGCAAAAUUCAAAUAAUAGGAUCAAUAAAUUGGUUGCGGAUAAAAAUACAUACUCUUCCCCAGAAAAAAUUGGGCAACUAUUUAAUGAAUUUUACAGUAAACUAUAUGAUUUGGAUAUUUCAUCAGAUAAUCAAGAUAUUAAACAAUAUUUGGAUAAUAUCAAUAUCCCAAAAAUCAAUAAUCAAGAGUUAGCCCAACUUAAUUAUGAGUUUACAAUAGAAGAGGUUGAAAGAGAGAUUGAUAAACUUCAAUUAAAUAAGACACCUGGUCCAGAUGGUUUUACUAAUCUUUUUUAUAAAGUAAUGAAAAAAGAGAUAACUACUCCUUUAACGGCUCUUUUUAAUGAAAUGGCCAAUACCGCUAAAACACCAGAGGAGUUAUUACAGGCCAAUAUUCUUCCAAUAUUGAAACCAAAUAAGGAUCCAACUGAUGUUAAAAAUUACAGACCAAUUUCUUUAAUCAAUACAGAUAUGAAAAUAUAUGCAGCAAUCUUAACAACUAGAUUAAAACUUCUUGUUGAGAGAGUCGUUCAUUCUGAUCAGGUUGGAUUUCUGCCAGGUAGAUCCUCUGAUACAUGCACUAGAAGAAUAGUGAAUAUUUUGGAUGGUGCACUCCGUCGGGAGAUUCCGCUGCUGACCCUGUCAUUAGAUGCCGAGAAGGCCUUUGACAGGGUCAGUUGGCGUUUCCUUGAUGAGGUGCUGAUUUCUUUUGGAUUUAUAGGGUGGAUUCAUGAUGCCAUUUUGGCACUCUAUUCUGAACCAACAGCUAGAACUGUAGGUGUAAAUAUUCAAUCAAAUUGGUUUAGUUUACAUAAUGGCACACGCCAGGGAUGUCCUUUAUCUCCCCUUCUUUAUAUUUUAACUUUGGAACCUUUAGCUAUUAAUAUUAGGAAUAACUUGAAUAUCACAGGUUUUCCAAUGAAGAAUUCAGAAGCAAAAAUAUCACUUUAUGCCGAUGAUAUACUAUUAACACUCACUUCUCCAGAAUCCUCACUUCCUCAAGUUUUAUCUGCUAUAAAAAGCUACUCUAAGGUAUCUAAUUACAAACUUAAUAUAUCCAAAUCAAUUGCUGUAACUACUAAUGUUAAUAUCCGUAGCCUAAAAGUUCUCCGAGAAAAUUAUGAUUUUGUAUGGACUAACAGGGUUUUUAAUUAUUUGGGAGUCAUAAUUUCACCUCAAGUUAACAAUAUUAUGGAAAUAAAUGUAUUGAAUCUCCUAAAAUAUACAAAUAUAAAAUUAAAAGAAUGGCGUCUGACCGAAUCCUCUUGGAUCGGCAGGAUUAACAUAAUUAAUGCCUAUAUUAUGCCCAAAUGGUCUUAUCUAUUUAGGAUGAUUCCCCUUCAAAUUCCAGAAAUUUGGUUAACCAUGAUACAAUCUAGUUUUCAAAAAUUCAUCUGGAAAACGACGAGGCCUAGAAUAAGUUCUAAAGUUCUUUCUAGGAAACCUCAAAACGGAGGUAUAAAUUAUCCAAAUAUUAGAAACUGUUAUUACGCUAAUAUUAUUGGUCACAUAUACAAAUUGCAGGUUGAAUCGUUUAAAACAGACACAUGGUACCAAAUUGAAUCCGAGGCAGUUGGAAAAGACAGAUUGGAAAUGUAUUUAUGGCGUAAAAGUAAUAAAAAAACUACAGAAUUUCUAUGUAGUAAAUCAUUAAUUUUGUCACAAAUUAUUAGCGCAUGGGAGAAGAUAAAAAAACAAAAAAAAAUCUCCGAUAAAAUAAUUAAGUCAUCCCAUUUGAUCAUUUUAGAAGACAAUAUUGAGGACAUUUCUUUAAAUAAAUGGUCUAAAUUUCAAUGGACGAUUGGAGAUAUCCUCCAUGAAGACCAAAUUUUACCUUUUGCAGAUAUUCAAGCUAAACUUCUUCUCCCUAAUAAAGAAUUUUUUUCUUAUUUAAGAAUUAAAAAUUUUCUGAAUUUGUUUUUACUAAAUAUCUCACCAAAAAUUGAUAUUCUUUUUCAAACUAUUUUCAGAUAUACUAAGGUUAAUAAUAUUCUUUCAAAAGCUACUAAUUUGUUAUCCAACCUUGAUCAUCAACCCUUAAAUAUACUUGUUAAAUGGAAAAAUAUCCUGAAGAUCGACAUAACUGAGCAGGAAUGGUGUAUGUCUCUUAGAGAUACUCGCAAAUAUAUUCAUUGUCAGAAUAUAUUUGAAUGUCAAUAUAAGGUCAUGUAUAAAUGGUAUCUGACUCCACAUAAAUUAACUAAGAUGUAUCCAGGUCAAACUUCACAUUGCUGGCGUUGUGGUUCUACAGAGGGAACACUUGUUCAUAUAUGGUGGCAUUGUAAAUUGGUUAAAAAUCUCUGGGAAUGGUCCUUUGAAAUUCUUAAAUGUUUAUUUAAUAUUACAAUCAAAAAAGGUCCAGAUACAGCAUUGCUACAUUUAAAUUGGAAACUUUCUUCCACUCCAUCUAUAUGCCUUGUAAAUCAUUGUUUCCUCGCAGUUAAAAUACUAAUAGCAAGACAAUGGAAGUCACAUCUCCCCUUUAUGAGGAGUCAGCUUGUUAAUCAAAUUUUACAUCAAUUUAAAAUGGAAAAAGACUUACCAUUUCAUUCUAUGCUUUCUUUAAAAAAACAAGAUCAAUAUAUAAAUUGGAUACGGAUCUUAGAAAAUAAAUGAAUUAUCCUUUUGCACUCCUCCUGCUCGGAAUGAGAUAGUCCUGUAAAACCCUAUUAUUAUAGGGAUAUUUCUUUAUAAAUCUUCAGACUGACCAUGGCCCAUAUAUAUAUAUAUGUUUGUAUUUACAUAGCUAUAUCUAUUUUUAUUCGAUGCGAGUUCUAUAAGAUACAGAAUAUAUUUCUACUGAGAGUCUUUGGGUUGUUUAGCUUGGGACUUACUUAAUAGAUACGUUAAAAUAGUUGUAACAAUGUAAAUUUUAUGUUUUGUUUUGUCAUUGUACACUUGUCUUAUUCUGUAUGCACUUUAUUACUUGUCAUUGUAUGAUAAAAUGUUAUAAUAAUAAAAAAAGAAAGAAAAAAAAAAAAAGAAAUACAAAUUUGCAUGUUAUCACUUUUGUUGCACUCUUUUUUUUCUUUAUUUAAAUUUAUGCAAUAGUGUGCUAUUUUGUCAGUAGAUUAAAUUAAUGUAAGCACUUGGAACAAAGUAUUCAGCGGUGCUUAAAAUUAACUAGUUAAGAAUUAAUCAAAUAUAGUUGUCAGGAUAUCACUGACCUAUUUUCUUUCUGUUACAACCAUUUGUUUGAUAAUGAUAAAAAUAAUUUUACAACAUAAUACAAAAAACAUAACAUGUUCACUUGUACCCAAACAAUUUCAAAUAUGUAUGAUCUCAUGGCAAUUGCAUAACUCAAUAGUUCUAUGGAAGGAAAACAGCAAGAAAAGUGGGCUAGAACAAAAAAAGAAUUAGAUUAGAACAGAAGGUCAGAAUAUUAUCAUGUGAUCCUUGCAUAACUCAUCUAAUCACAAAAAUGGACCAAAAAUGUUGUUUCCUGUUACUCACCUGGCAGCUGAGCUUGAAUAUUCUGCCAGUUCUGCCAGGAAUUAGCAUAAUUAAGAGGAGGGGAUGGGAGAUCUACAUCAACGGAAUAAAAGCAAAAAGAUUGCCCACUGCUCUUCAUUAUUCAAGUGACAAGACAAGCUCACAUUACUUAAUGAUGCAAUCCAGAACACAAGUUAAAGUUAGCAAAUGCACAUAUUGCAUCAAACAAAAACAUUUUUUAUAAAAAUAAAAUACACAUAUUCACACACAUAUAAAUAUUACACAUACACACAUAUACAUAUAUACCAAUAUUUUGGGUGUUGAACAUUUUAGUUUCGUCAUGGGAUAUAAGUAUAGUGGGCUAGGCAACCAUCGAAACUCCAAAGGUUGUGAACUAAAUCUCCCAUAAAGCUCUUAGAGUCAUAAUACUGGCAAAGCAUUAAGGGAAAUGUAGUCCACAAAAUCUGGAGUACUGAAAGUUGCAUGAUUCUGUUAAAAAUGCUAGAGAGAAGUGGAGGAAGGAUGUGGUUUAAAUAGGCAUUAGUGGACCUGGCUGCAUCGAACAAAUCUGUAUGUACUCUAGAUCAUUUUCCCAUGUAUAACACAAGAGUUAAUAAGGUUAUAGAGACAGAAUCUUGAUGAAGUUGCUAGGGAAAUAUUUAUGUGUGCUGUAUAUAAAAUGUUUCCUGGGGCGGAGACAGCGCCUGCACAAGCUGGACGCACAUCUAGACAGCUCUGCAAGCUUACCCCGAUAUAAAGGGUAAUUUCCGACAUCAGCUCCACUAUUGCGCCCAGAGGGCACCAGACAGACACCCAGAGGUAUAGGGAAAAAGAACAAAAAGCAUCGAGCGGACCCUGACUCGGGAUCCAGAGAUAUAGGGGUCUUUCUGAAACAGACAAGAUAGCGACUGUUGAGGCCUAUACCUCAAUGUCAUUGGAUGAUCCCCCCUCAUCUCAGCCACGCUCAGCACCACAGACAACUGCAGAGUUGCAGGACUCAGCCCUAUCUACUAAAGCAGAUAUCAAGGCACUAAUGACAGAAAUCAAGGGCAUGUUCAAAGUGGAUAUGGCACUGAUCCGUGAGGCAGUGUCUAAGCUCACUGACAAAGUGCAGGCAGCAGAGGAAGGCAUGGAGGGAACCAAGCUGGCACAAUCCACUACCGAUGCCACAACAGGAGCGCUAUAGAAACAAUGCGCAGACCAACAGGCGCAGAUAGCCUCCGUGAAGGAUAGGGCCAGAGCACAAAAUUUUAAAAUGCGGGGAGUACCGGAAACAAUUGCAGGAGCCAAACUCCCUCACUACUGUAGGAGGCUUAUUGCCACGCUGCUAAUGCCCAAACAGGCAAAACAACUGUUUCAGACUUACAUAGUUACAUAGAUACAUAGCUGAAAAGAGACUUGCGUCCAUUAAGUUCAGCCUUCCUCACAUAUGUUUUUACUGUUGAGGAAGGCUCCUAACACAGCUCAAGAUGCACCCAGGGACGUUUGAAGUAGCACAGAUGGCAUUUUUCCAUGGAUUUUCCAGACAUACCCAGGUAUGGCAAAGAUCCCUCAAGCAAGUUACCUAGCUACUACAAGAGCACUCCAUUCCUUACAAAUGGGGACCGUGUCAAAUCCUGGCUCAUAAGCUCCUAACACAGCCCAAGAUGCAUCCAGGGAUGUUUGAAGUAGCACAGAUGGCAUUUUUCCGGGGAUUUUCCAGACAUACCCUGGUAUGGUAAAGAUCCCUCAAGCAAGUUACCUAGCUGCUACAAGAGCACUCCAUUCCUUACAAAUGGGGACCACGCCGAAUCCUGGCUCAUAAGGCCAGCAAGACACAUCUGAUAUCACCCUCUCUGAAGCAUCAGCUUUCCUCCAGUCCCUCGGCAUACCGGCAGAGAAGGCUCAACUGACAGAUCGCCCAUCUGUCACAGGAGUUGUACCCCAACACACAGGAAAGAAGAAACCCACAAAAGGUGGAUCUAAAAGGCCUGUUACCGAGCCCUAUAGUGGCCGGACUUAACUUAUUAAUAUUGCGAGAAUCAAGAUCAAGGAUACAGAAAUUCACAAAGUCAAGACAAAGCCGGGUCAGGAUACCAGAAAAUACAAGUCUAAUACGAAGCCGAGGUCAAGAUACCAGAAAUCACAAGGUGAAUACGAAGCCGGGGUCAGGAUACCAGAAAUCGCAAGGGCAACACAAAGCCGGGUCACGAUACCAGAAAUCACAAGGUCAAUACGAAGCCGAGGUCAAACACAGAAAAUCACUAGGGAAUCACUAGGCACACAAAGCGAGGAUCUAUACAGAAACCACGAUAGAGCAAUGAAUGGAGGCUAAAACAAGCCUUAAAUAGGCUCACAAGAGUUCCCAUUGGUCCACGUUAUCUUUGCGAGCCCAAACAGCAUUGGGUCGCCUAGCUGAUAUGGUCCCUUUAAGGUAAUGAUGUCAUGGCUUAAUUUUAAUUUAUUUCUAGGGGCUGCAGAGGGAGACAUUUGCGGGACCAAAGGUAAGCAUUCUAUUCAUGCCGCGCGGCCACAAGGGGCAUGCAGGCCACGCGACCCGAGAAGAGGAGCGGCGCAGUUGCUGGGUAAAGGUACGUUUGUGACACCAUCCUGGACUGUAGAGGGAAUUACCCCAUUUGUAUCCAGAGGAAGUGGGUGGGGGACAACCACCUUACCUACAUGAAGUCUGCACCAACAGGUACUUGUUUCAUUAUUUUGCACUGUUUUAUAAUGCAUAAGACCCAUUAUUUGUUUAUUUCUCUAUAACCUUUCACUCGUUCCACUGGCUCCAUAAGCUAAUGGUCUAGCCCCAUGUUUAGUCCCCCCCCCGCCCUUUUUUUUUUACUAGAACAUGCAACAGCAUAGAGUCGCUUUUUAUGUAGGUGUAACUAUGCACGCUCAGCCCAAGUCCUCGGCCUUCUGAACAGGAAAAGGUCCUACUAGCUGUGACCUACAGAUAUUGAAGGCUUGUAAGCCUAUUACUCACCCCAUAAGCGCCUUAGAUGAGCUUUUGCUCAACAACAUUGUGAUGAUAAGCUAUACGGUGCAAUAAGCCCCAUACCUGCCCCCCUUCAGAUAUAGAUCACUUACACUUUCACUGACGAGAAAAGGAAUCCUGGUUACAAUAACUUAAAAUGAGUUGACUCAUGCUAUGUGAUCUUAAUGUCAAAACUAUUAUAACAAGCUCAUUACUGUACGAUUCUCAUGCUAUGUUGUAAUUCAGCGAUAACUCGCAAAAAUAAAGAAUUUAUAAAAAAAGGUUUCCUGUAUAUUUUUACUUCUUUUCUAUUUAAAAAUGACUAUAUUAUACAAAUGUUAAUUCCAAUAAACAUAUAAAUUACACAUUUUUAACUUUUAAACAUAACAAAGGUAACAAUUUCUUACUACAUGACAAACAUCAUAUUAUUGAAAAAAAUAAAUAAAACCUAUACAAAUAAAUAUAGGAGACAUUUAAACAAUAAGAAAGUGAUUUCUUUGUUCCCGAUGAUCUUUUUAUAAUCAAAAAGUGUAUAGUCAUUUAGAGAAAUUGCUCAUUGUUCAGUUAUAAUUAAUGCUUAUCAUAUGCUUUACUUGUUAGGGUAUGUACUUCGCUGGUGUUCCAAAAAAUGUAAGAGAAGGAAAGUUGCAUCCUGCAUGGAGAGUAGCCAACAUUCUGUUAUCCAGCUGUUCUAGACCACUUAAGCAAACAGCAAGGCCCACACAACCCUUUCUCUUUUAAUUAGGUGGCAUGUUUAUAAUAGUGGUUAUGGCACUACUACAGGACCCUUAUUUCUUAGACUUGACCUUGUGAGACUUGUAAUCUGACAUAACCUUUUUAUCAUGUUUUGUGCCCACAAUGUAGCCUUCCAAAGGUUUCUAGCAGAAUGUUAAAAAAAUUAUUCGUCCCAGCGAUUACAUGAAAACCUGUUGUUUGUUUUUCAUGAAGCAAUGGAUAAAUCUGUAUUUUAAUAUCCCUACACUAUUUAUUCAGCUUUCUACUCACAUUUUCUCACCGACAGAAAUAACACAGCUAGUAAGAAAUGUAUUUUCUAACAUUAUUCUUAUAUGUAUUAUUUUAAUGUGACUUGGCUGUUCUUGGUGGCAGAAACUGUAGAUCAGUGCACUAAAAUGUAUAACAAUUGCAUAUUGCAAAUUGAUUUAAUAUAUAAAUGUAAAUUGUAGAGAACUGGAAACUGCAAACUUUUGGUUGAAAUGUGACAACGGCUGUCAUUUUUCUUUUUUCAAAUCAAUACUUUUUGGAUUUAUUUCACUGUAAUCUAUCAUUUAAUAAGUAAAGCCCAAUUGUUUUAUGAAGUAGAAAGUAGAGUUUAAAAAUGUUUCUGCUUCUCAGCAGCUAGUAUCUUUCAGUUUAAUAAUUAUUAAUAGAAGGAACUGGGGGUUUUAUUAAAACAUAUCCACAAGAUUUGGGUAUGCUAGAGCACAGACAGCUUAAGAACAAGUGAAAGUGAGGACUUGGCCUAGAUUACUUGCUACAGUUAAUGCAGCAGUGCAGAUGAUUGGCUUGGCACUUUUUUGUUUAAGAACAAGUGCCAGUGUAGAUUGCAAUCUAAGGCUACUUGCCAUGUGUCAAACAAGAAAAAACAUAGAAAAAACAAGAAUAACAAAUAAAUUGCCAGUAUAGCCAUUGCAUGUAUUCUUUUACAAAUUCCCACCAAAGGCAACAUGACUUACCUAAAUGCUCACCCAAACACCCAACAUGGACCUCAGGAUUGUUGCUAGGAUUGUUGCAUUUUAUGGCCUCUCCCAUAUAUAAUGAUUAAAGCCCUUCAUAAAACCAGCCCUAUACCAUGCCUUAAAGGGACACUACACUGCCCCAAAGUAAAAAUAAAUACAUUACUUUUAAAGGAACUACAACUACAGCUUGUUCUGGUGACUAUAAUCAUUGCCUUCAGGCAUUUUCAUGCAAACACUUCCUUUUCAGUGAAAAUGCAGUGUUUACAUUCCACCCUAGGAACACCUCCAAAAAAGCAUUGGAUUGGCUAAACAUGGGCAAUUCUGAUUAUGUCACCAAGGACGCACAUCGGGGACGGGGCCCCCCUUCCAUAAAUAUAGAAAAAUCCUACUGUAUUCAAGCCUGAAGGUGUAACUCUGCAUGCUGUUAGACUCAGAAAAACAAGCAGUCUGCUGACAUCAUCAGAAGUGGUGGCCUGAUCCACAUUGGUGGCUUGAUCACAGUGCUUCCCCAUAGGAUUGGCUGAGACUGACAAAGAGGCAAAUCAGGGGAAGAGCCAGGAUGAUUCAAACACAGUGCUGGCCAAUCAGCAUCUCCUCAUAGAGAUGAAUUGAAUCAAUGAAUCUCUAUGAGGAAAGUUCAGUGUCUGCAUGCAGAGGGAAGAGAUACUGAAUGUUUGGAUGCAUUUUAGGCAGCCAUGACCCAGGAAGGAUCUCUUACAGCCAUCUAAGGAGUGGCCAGUGAAUUUAUCACUAGGAUGUAAUGUAAACACUGCAUUUUCUCUGAAAAGACAGUGUUUACAGCAAAAAGCCUGAAGGUAGUGAUUCUACUCACCAGAACAAAUUCAAUAAGCUGUAGUUGUUCUGGUGACUAUAGUGUCCCUUUAAGAAAUGUAGUAUUCAUGCAGAAUUACAACAUUAAAAGAAAAGGUAAACUUUAUUGAUUGAGUCUUGAAUGAAAGUAAGCUUAUGAGGUUUGUAUCAAUAGAGGCUGGUUGAUAGAGGCAGGUGGGACAUUGCCCCCAGUCUUUGCUACAAAACAAAGAGAUUACAAUCUAUAGGCAUUGUAAGGCCUAUUGAUAAGUUAAAUAGUUACAUAGUUACAUAGCUGAAAAAAGACUUGCGUCCAUCAAGUUCAGCCUUCCUCACAUAUAGGUGAUACUCGAAAAAUUAGAAUAUCGUGCAAAAGUUAAUUUAUUUCAGUAAUGCAACGUAAAAAAACUAAUAUAUGAGAUAGACACAUUACAUGCAAAACAAGAUAGUUCAAGCCGUGAUUUGUCAUAAGUGCGAUGAUUAUGGCUUACAGCUCAUGAAAACCCCAAAUCCACAAUCUCAGUAAAUUAGAAUAUUACAUGCAAUCAAUAAAACAAGAAGUGUAGAUAGAACAAUAUCGGACCUCUGAAAAGUAUAAGUAUGCAUAUGGACUAAGUACUUGGUUUGGGCUCCUUUUGCAGCAAUUACUGCUUCAGUGUGGUGUGGCAUGGAAGCUAUCAGCCUGUGGCACUGCUGAGGUGUUAUGGAAGACCAGGAUGCUUCAGCUCUUCUGCAUUGUUUGGUCUCAUAUCUCUCAUCUUUCUUUUGGCAAUGCACGUUUGCUUUUGAUCCAAAAGAAGGCAAUAAGGUCAGGCAAGUUUGCUGCCCAAUCAAGCACAGUAAUCCCACGGUAAUUGAAACAGUCUUUGGUGCUUUUGGCAGUGUGGGCAGGUGCCAAGUCCUGCUGGAAAAUGAAGUCAGCAUCCCCAUAAAGUUCGUCUGCAGAAGGAAGCAUGAAGUGCUCCAAAAUCUCCUGGUAGAUAGCUGCAUUGACCCUGGACUUAAUGAAGCACAGUGGACCAACACCAGCAGAUGACAUGGCUCCCCAAAUCAACACAGACUGUGGAAGCAUCUUGCAGUGUGUGCCUCUCCACUCUUCCUCCAGACUCUGGGUCCUUGGUUUCCAAAUGCGAUGCAAAACUUGCUCUCAUCAGAAAAGAGGACUUUGGACCACUGAGCAACAGACCUCCUUAUGGAGGGUGUCAAUUAUGGUUUUCUGCACAACUGUCAGAUCAGCGGUCUUCCCCAUGAUUGUGACUCCUACUGAACCAGACUGAGAGACCAUUUAAAGGCUCAGAAACCCAUUGCAGGUGUUAUGGCAUACUUAGCCGAUCAGAGUGGGACACUGUGAGCCUAGAAUAUUGCACCUUUUCACAAUAUUCUAAUUUACUGAGAUUGUGGAUUUGGGGUUUUUAUGAGCUUUAAGCUGUAUAGACUUGUUAUAUAAAAGUACUAAAGUGCACUAUUACCAUACACCAGCAAUUUUUAUUGUUUCAACACCAGCAGUCUACAUUUCAGUACAAAAACCUGUAUUAAAAUGUUUGUUAAAUUCUUUAAAUUCAUGAGUAAGCACUGCCAGCAUCAUUCCUGGAAUUUACACUUCUAUUUACAAAUUGAUAAGGAACAAAAUAUUUAAUGGAUUAAAACAGUUAUUUCACUUUUCAGUAUUUCAUAAAGAUGUAAUCAAACUUCCUGUAAAAAAAUAAAUAAAAUGUAUUAAAAAUGUAAUCUUUAUGAAAUACUUAUGAGUCAUUGAAAUUCCAAAGCAAUGCAAAUGUCAACUCCUCCGUCAACUUUUUUCCAAUCCCAAUAGCAGUCAUAAAUGAUGGCUGUGGGAUUUAUUCAUGGUCUCUCUUAUCUUCUUGAGACAUCAUCUAUGGAGACUACCAGGGUCUUGCAAGAUCUAUAUGUUGAAUUCUAGCCCAUGUACAAGUCUACAGCACAGACACCUUUCGUGACAAAUAAAGCACCAGGAGAAAAAGAAGACCGAGAGAAAAAAAAAAGAUAUGGAGGCCAUGAGAAACAGCUUUGAGUAAGUAAAGCUACCUUCCAGUGCAUCCCUCGGAGGUGUCACCGUCAGGGGUCUUUGCAAAAUAUGCAAAAAAAAACUAUGCAAAAUAAAAGUGACAGAUCUGCUUUAAUCAAUGAAUUCAAGAAGCCCUUUGUUAACUGGAACAAAUUUAAGAUACCUCAUGAAAAUUGUGCAAAUGUUUAUUCUUCAAAUGUUUUAUUAUAUACAAUUCAUACUGUUUUUAUUUUAUUUAUUUUUUACAGGAAGUUUGUGUCACUUUGCUCUAACAAUAUUGAGCUUGAAUGAAGGCUUAUGGGCAUUUCCGCUUUCAAAGACAAAGCCUUCUGAUCCAAAAGUGGAGUAUGAAAAUAUACUUAGCAUUGCUAAGCAUCUUCUAAGUGACACCAAGCAUGUCUAUCACAACUUUGUAAGUGUUAUGACGUGUUAAAUGUAUUACAUUUUUAAGUUUUAAUGACUUUAAAGAAAAAUUACAUGCCAGACAUGUUAAGCUAUAAAUGUAUUUUCCUAACCUCUGAUCCUUAACGGAAUACAGUUAUUCUAAGCCCCAGUUAAAAAAAAAAAAAAAAACUUGCAGUUCAACAUGUGAUGUAAAUAUUAUAAGUUUUUUUUUACAGUAUAUAGUUACAAAAACAUUCCUGAUCAAACACCUGAUUUUAGUAAACUAUAAACUGUAUUGAGUGUGUUUACAGACAUGCCACAAUUAGGGGCAAUCUGCAUGACAAUAGUCUUUAUACAAGCAUUUGGUACAUUGCAAUAGCAUGCAAAACUGUUUUGUAUGACUCUAGAAAUAUACACAAAAACAGUUAAAAAGUGGAAAACAAUAGUUUAUGAGAACAAUAAGAAUGGACAACAGCCUAAAUAGCUUUCUCUUCAGUGGGUCCCCACUUAGGUCUCAUACAUAUUUAAGCACACUUCUGCCAUUAGAGAGAUAACCUUGUAUAUCAGAAAUAAGAACAGUCAAUAUCCACAAUAUUGGCAGGUUCCGUCUGCCUCGGCAACCUCAGUAUCGGAAGGUUCCCUCUGAUACAGCAACCUCAGACAACCAUUUUUAUCUUCAUUGGGCUUCACCAGUGAGAUGUAGCUGAUAAGAACAGAGAGCAAUAGGCACAUGUCUGGACCCAAGUCAUAUGCAAAUUAAGUACAUUUUCCAGUUAUGGAAAUAACUGUGCCUUGCAAUUUCAAAAGCAAUGGAAGCAAGUAGUAUUGUCACCAGCAGAGCAGCACUGUUUAGCUCCCAUAAAUACAGUGUAAAGAAUGCUUAUCGUUAGGAUUUAAAAAUCUGAAAUGUACUCUUAAAUAGAGAUGUCGCGAACUGCUCGCCGAACUGUUCGCGAACUGUCCGCUGGCGAACAAUAGCGUGUUCGCGUUGGGCGAACAUAUGCGAUUUCCGGUCCGCCCCCUAUUCGUCAUCAUUGAGUACACUUUGACCCGGAACCUCACAGUCAGCAGACACAUUCCAGCCAAUCAGCAGCAGACCCUCCCUCCCAGGAAGUGUCUGCUGACUGUGAGGUUCCGGGUCAAAGUGUACUCAAUGAUGACGAAUAGGGGGCGGACCAGAAAUCGCAUAUGUUCGCCCAACGCGAACACGCUAUUGUUCGCCGGCGGACAGUUCGUGACAUCUCUACUCUUAAAUAAUGAAUUUGACAUACUGGUAUGGAAAUAUUAGUAGCUGCAGAGCUGUAGCUGACCAUUUGUUAAUCUAACCAAACUCGCUCUAGGAUUGAUACAAGUGAAUGUGAAUGCUCAGCACAUUCAUUAUUUUCUGAGCAUGUUCACAUGUUCCUGAGCUGUCUGUAACGAUACCUUACCUGGGUCCGCCGAUCCCGCGCGGCACGACAGUUUCCCCGGCUACUUCCGGGAGGCGGCGCAGCCUCUCGGACGCUGCCCGCUCGCGGCAAAAUCCGUUUUAUGACGCGGCGCAUGCGCGCUGACGUCAUAAUGAUUUUGCCGCGAAAAUUCAAACGCGGCCACGUUCCCGAACCUUUUGGGGGCGUGGCUUUAAAGUGACACACACACAUUAAUAUAAAAGGGCAUUCCUGUCCACCCCUCAGUGCCCUAGUGUGGUUCUUGAUUGUUCCCCUAGUGCUCUUUUACUGUUUAGCUGUUUUUCCGGUAUUUUGACUCUUGGCUUUCGUUCUGACUAUUCUCCUAUCUGUCUCCCUGACUUUUGGCUUGGCUUUCUCGUUUAUCCCGAUUUCCGUACUCCCUUGACCCUCGGCUUUUUCUUGACUAUUCUUUGACGUUAAGUCCGGCCACCCUAAGGUCCGGUAUACGUCCCUUUCAGGGUUACCAUCUGUGUGAAGGGGUCACUAUCGUGACACUGUCUUGACUUUAACUUUAGGUGCCCUAUAAUUAAAGGAAUACUAAAGGAUCUCCCCUUCCCCUCCUCUCCACCCCCACCCUAAUUUGCUAUAAAAAUAAAUAAAACAAGGUUUUACUUACCUGUUUUCAGCUCCUAGCCUCCCUCAGUGCUGCUUACCUCCCACGGUGCAAUGUAAUGCUGCUCAUUCAGGACCUGAUGGGUACCUGAUCCAAAUAUGCAGUUAGUGCUGUGCAUGCAUCCACGCUUCUCUAUAGGAAAUCAUUGAAUCGAUACUUUCCUAUAGGGGCUUCCACAUCACGUGACCGGGUUUUACUUCUUCAGUGAAACAGAAGCACCAUUAUUUUUUGUCAAUAGAGGUAACAACUAGAGAUUGAAUUAACCAUGCAUUAUAAACAUUGCAGUUUCUAAAUAGGACCACUGUACCCAGACCACUUAAUUGAGUGGCCUGGAUGUCAUUAGUGGUCCUUUCAAGUAAGAAUUAAAUGAUUACAUUUAUUAAAAAUGUUUAUCUACACAGACCUACUCAACCAAUUCCUUUGUUAAAGAAGUGUCACUUUCCAGGACUUUUGACAAUAUGUUUACUUAUCCCUACAUUUAACAAAUAUGUAUUUGUGAGUUGUGAAAAAUAAAAUUGAAUGUUGAUUUACUCAUUGCUUUAUCCUGCAAUUGGGUGCCUCCAUCUUAGUUCUCUGUCAAUCAUUGUUAGAAGCUCACGUUGAACCUUGCAGUCAGCAUAGAGAAAGCAUACAAAGAAGAGGAGAAAUUGAAAAGGUUCUCUUUCUCCUCUUCAUUUGCAAUGUUUGCCCAGGGUUUCCUGUGUCUGAACUGGAUUUUGAAGUGAUUUGUUUAAUCUUUAUUAAAUAUUUAAAAUAAACAUAGCAUCACAUAAAAAAACAGCAUAAGUUGCAUGUGAUAUUCAGUGUUUUUAUUAAAUAGUAUAAAUUACUGAGACGCGACAGUUCCCUUUAACAUUAUUACUGUUACAAAUUUCAAACAAAUCGUGUCUUAACGUUUUUGGUUUUUUUUAAAAAAAAGAAAGUAAUUUGUCCACUAGGUUUUUUUUUUAAAACUAGAAAAUACAAAGAAGACAUAAAAUUGAAUUUUUUUGUUUUGUAAUGUUUCUCUUACAGAAAUCAAAAUAUCCUUCAGAAGGAGAGCAUAAACUGGAUACUCUGCCCACACUGUCUAUAAAUGCUGGAGAAUUAUCUUCUAUUCAGGUACCAUUAUUUCUUAUUUCAAAAGCACUGGCAGCAGUUUCUUUCAUGAUGAGACAUGUAUAAUUAUGCUGCCAAAUAGCUAACUCAUAGCUUACCUAUGUCUCCAUUUAUGAGAUGUAUGUAAAGUCCUGUAUUAGAAGGGAGAUGGAAACAGGGCAUAUAUAUUAAAGGGACACUAUAGUCACUAAAACAACUUUAGCUUAAUGAAACCGUUUUGGUGUAUAGAUCAUAACCCUUCAGCCUCACUGGUCAAUUAUCUGCCAUUUAGGAGUUAAAUCACUUUGUGUAUGCACCCUGGUCACACCUCCCUGCAUGAGACUUGCACAGCCUUCCUAAAAACCUCCUGUAAAGUAAGAUCUAAUUUUUAGCCUUCCUUUAUUGCAAGUUCAGUUUGAUUUAGAUUUUCCUAUCCACUGCUAUUUUAAUAGCUUGCUAGAGCCUGCAAGAGCCUCCUGUGUGUAAUUAAAGUUCAAUUUAAAGAUCAGGAGAUAAAAUCAUUUAAAGUAAGUUUUCUGAUUAAAAGUGAAACCAUUUUUUUUUCAUGCAGGAACAAAGUGAUUAAACUCCUAAAUGGCAGUAACUGAGCAGUGAUAUAUAAGAUGCAUGAUCUAAGUAUUCAUACACUAUAACUGUUUCAUUAAGCUAAAGUUGUUUAGGUGACUAUUGUGUUCCUUUCAUUUUCACAGAUAUGAAACCAAAUCAGAAAAAGUGUGUUGGGCCAGUGUGGGUGCAUGCCAGAGGGUAAAUGUAUGUUUCUGGUGACUUGUAUGACUGUCAGAUGAUCCAUGCAAAGAAGGUCCCACAUGUCCGUGGGUAGGUUACCAGCUUGGGGCCCCCUGCCUUCUUAGGGCUUGAUAAUAAGGCCAAGCAAAUUCAUGGUUCCAGGGAUGCUGUCUAAACCCUGGGCCCUACACAGACAUCUAGAGUCACCUUUGGUUGGGCCUGCUCUGCAUCCAGGCACAGCAGAUUUUAAGGUUGCAGAGCAGGGUGGCCAACCCAGGCUGCACAUGCACAAGCACUCCUGAAACCCUUGUAAUUGGGCAGACAUUUCCUGCAAUUUCCUUUUCUAACCUAACGUUAUAGGUAGAUUUCUCUGAUGCAAAAUGUUAUAACAGAUUUCCAGUUUAGUAACAUAUGCACUUUAGUAACAAAUGAGUUUGGCUCAAUUCCUAUGGAAAUCCUUCUCCCAUCAGACUAUCCCCUAGUAUUCAAUCCUAUAACAAGUCCUUAGAGGGAUACUAUAGUCACCAGAACUACUACAGCUUAUUGCAUUUGUUCUGGUGAGUAGAAUCAUACCCUUCAGGCUUUUUGCUGUAAACGCUGUCUUUUCAGAGAAAAUGCAAUGUUUACAUUACAGCCAAGGGAUAACUUAACUGACCACUCCUCAGAUGGCUGCUAGAGCUUCUUCCUAUCUCAGUCUUGCCUAGUGGGCAUCACAACAUAUCAGUAUUUCCUCCCUCUGUAUACAGACACUGAAUCUUCGUAGAAAUUCAUUGAUUCAAUUCAUCUCGAUGAGGAGAUGCUGGUUGGCCAGGGAUGUGUUUGACUUGUGCUGUCUCUGCCCCUGAUCUGCCUCCUUCACAGUCUCAGCCAAUCCUAUAAAUCAGCAGACAGCUUGCUAUUUAGAGGCAGACAGGGGCAGAGUCAGCAGCUUCAGGCUUGAAUACAAGUAAGAUUUUACUAUAUUUAGGGAGGCAAGACAGGGCCAGGGGGGCUAGGUGGUGGUUUUAACACUAUAGAGUCAGAAAUAUAUGUUCGUGUUCCUGACCCUAUAGUGCUCCUUUAAAUUCAAUUUCUUCAGAGUAACUUAUGGCCUCCUAGAGUAACUGUCACUUCUCAAACCUAUUGUGAAGAGACCAAUCUCGCCACUGUGCAUUGGAGGAGCCUGGUUGCCCGCCUGCUGCCUUUAGACUAUGGCCCCAUGUUGAAACGCUUGAUUUUCCCCUGCAUAGACACGAUAGCCGGGUCAUUCGGUGCUUGCCCUGUUUGAGCAGUGAUACCCCAGAUAGCUAUGCCAUGGAGCACAUUCGUAUAAUGAAAGACUAUGGGAAAGACUUUGGCUCCAUGGCAAUUGAACUGUAUGUGUGUGAUCUGAACGCCAUUCAGUAAUAAUGUGCGCUCAGAUCUGAGCUAUCUGGGGAUAUGUUGAAUGUACCUGUUUUAUGCAAUGGCUGCACAGUUAUAUAUUUUUUAAGUAAUUUAUUGUCUUUUGCUGCCAUGUGUUCAAUGGAGUUUUGCCUCUGUCCUUGGAGAUAAUUGGAUUACUUCCCAAUUAUCUCCAGGAUAGAAGACUCUGUGGAACUGGUUUUGGGCAGAAAAGCCAUGCUUCAUUUGGUCACAAAGGACUACGAUCUAUCUUUUGAACCACUGGACCAAUUUGUAUGAUUUUGACGUAUGUUUGUAUUUGGAGUAUGCUGAUUCUGAAAUGUAAGUUGUAUGUGAAUGUGAUGCAUACUUUUAAAAUCAUGAAUAAUGUGGAGAAACUGUAUUUCUCUGCAUGUGAUAAUUACAUUACCCAAUGUGUAAGGUAAUUGUAUCACAGGCAGAGGGGAGGAUUUUGUGUGGGAGUGUCUGAUUGUAUUGUACGUGUUUAUUGAUUGUUUUCCAAAACCCUGUGGGUGGUACUAAUGUGUAAGAAUGUGUAUAUAAGAACAAUAAACCCACAGCUCUGUCUGUUUCUGCUUGACCCUCAAAACGAAGCCUUGUCUCGUUCUUGGGGGGACUUGUUGUAUGCUGUUCCAGUUCGACUGCUAGUAUAGUUUUUCCUAUUUGGCUGUUUACAGCAAUCGUAUGCUUCUCCGGUUCGGUGGAUUGGUGUCUACAGUAGCUGCCUGUAUAUCUGGAAGGGAAUAUCUCCUAAAUGGCUUUUAACCCCUUUUAUGCCUGGGGGUGCCGUUACACCUAUCUAUUACUCUCUUAACUUAAUUAGUGGCCUGACACUCCAAUUUCACCUUUAAAGGGACACUAUAGUCACCUGAACAACGUUAGCUUAAUGGAGCAGUUUUGGUGUAUAGAACAUGCCCCUGCAGCCUCACUGCUCAAUCCUCUGCCAUUUAGGAGUUAAAUCCCUUUUUUUAUGUAACCUAGUCACACCUCCUGCAUGUGACUUGCACAGCCUUCCAUAAACACUUCCUGUAAAGAGAGCCCUAUUUAGGCUUUCUUUAUUGCAAGUUCUGUUUAAUUAAGAUUUUCUUAUCCCCUGCUAUGUUAAUAGCUUGCUAGACCCUGCAAGAGCCUCCUGUAUGUGAUUAAAGUUCAAUUUAGAGAUUGAGAUACAAUUAUUUAAGGUAAAUUACAUCUGUUUGAAAGUGAAACCAGUUUUUUUUCAUGCAGGCUCUGUCAAUCAUAGCCAGGGGAGGUGUGGCUAGGGCUGCAUAAACAGAAACAAAGUGAUUUAACUCCUAAAUGACAGUGAAUUGAGCAGUGAAAUUGCAGGGGAAUGAUCUAUACACUAAAACUGCUUUAUUUAGCUAAAGUUAUUUAGGUGACUAUAGUGUUCCUUUAAUUUCUGCCACUGCCCCACCUAGGGACGUAUUAGCCGCGAGGCAAACAAGGCAUUUGCAUUAUGCAUUAUUAAAAUAACACAAUAAAACCUAUUUUUUUUUUGUUAAUGAUUCAGUUUGGUGGAGACUGUUGCUUCACAUAAAUAAGAUUUUAUUAUUUUUUUACUUUUUACUUUUCUUGAUACAAUGGAUAAUUUAUUUUCUGCUUUAAAAAUAGAGCUUGCAUUUUUACAGUACAUUAGCACUGAAAGCAGGGUAGAGUUGCAGAACUAGUUGUUUAGGAAUAGAGACCCAAAUUGAGGGUAUAACCUCCAGAUUUGAGACGCCUGACAAGAUAACAAUAACCUAUGCAAGGAGCUUGCAUGAGUCCCUUAAAAUAUUUGGCAAACUUACAAUUAUGCUAAUAAUUUUCUUCAGCAGAACCAACACUGACAGGGUUAUUCAGUAAAGUGAAAAUUGUCAGUAAUUCAGAGUGAAUAGAAAGUGAAUUUCAAACUUAAAGGACCACUAAAGUCGUCACUUAAUUGUAAUAAAUUGGCCUGGGUGUAGUAGUCCUAUCCUUUUAACUAUGCAAUGUAAAGCACUGCAGUUUUUUUUAGAAACUGCAAGGAACACAUUGCAGGUUUAAAUCAACCUCUAGUGCAGGGAUAGGCAACCUUCGGCACUCCAGAUGCAGGGCCGGAUUAACAUAGGGGCUGAUGGAGCUGCAGCUCCAGGCCCAUGGAAUAGGCCCAUUGAUUUUUUACAUUUUUUUUUACACACACUACUCUUAGGGAUUCCACCUGGCUUUUAUUUUAUUGGCACAGACAGUAUUUGAGGCUGCCUGGCUGGUGCCAAUAUUGCAGUGAUAUUGGCAUUACAAAUGCUGGUAUUUUUCUCAGUAUAAACAAGAGAUUACUAUGCAACCAGCACUGGCCUGUAGGGGUCGCUGUGUGUGUGGGGAGAGAGGCAGGGAUAGGAAAUUCCAGCAUAUCCCUCCCUGCCUAUUUAUAUACUCACUGAUCUGCAGGGGUGCAGCUACAGAGAGUACAGACAGCACCUCCCACCCUGCAGAGACAGCCCACAGAUGUGGGGAAAGGCUACAAGGAGACAUACACUGAGACACUAAGGGACACUGGGAGACAUUAUGCAGACACUGAGACACUAAGGGACACUGGGAGACAUUAUGCAGACACUGAGACACUAAGGGACAUUGGGAGACAUUAUGACACAGACACAUGGGGACACAGUGUCCCCAUGUCUCCCAGCCAGUGCCCCUGGUGUCUCGGUGCCCCCUAGUCUCCCAGUGACCCCUAGUCUCCCAGUGUCUCACUAUCCCCAUGUCUCCUAGUGCCUCCAUGUCUCCCAGUGCCUCAAGUGUCUCAAUGUCCCCAUGUCUCCAAGCUAGUGUCCCUAGAGUCUGUGGCCCUGGUGUCUCAGUGUCCCCAUGUCUCAAUAUCCCCAUGUCCCCCAGCCAGUGUCUCUAGUGUCUGUGUCCCCAUGUCUUCAAGUGUCCCCUAUUUUCCCAGUUUCCCCAUGUGUCUCAGCCAGUGCCCCCUAGUUUCCCAGUGUCACUGGUGUCUCUGUGUCCCUAGGUCUCCCCGUGUCCCUAGGUCUCCCCAUCUUCCUAGUGUCCUAGUGACACAUACAUAGACACAUGGGAAUACUGGAGGACACAGGGAGACAUGGGGCAUUGAGACACUGUGAUACAUAGGGACACUGUGAUACAUUGGGUCACUGGAAGACAUGGGGACAUGACACUAGGGGACACUGGGAGACAUGGGGCAAUGAGACACUGAUACAUAGGAACGCUGAGACCUGGAGUAAUCGACACAUGGGGGCACUGGGAAACAUGAGGGCACUGGGAGGAAUCCAUCUAUACAGCAUAAUCAAACUAAGUAGUUUUUUUGUGAUUUUACAGCAUUUUCUCUUAUGUCACUCCUUGUGAUUUACAUCAUGUGAUGUCGCCCAUACAUAUUUAAUUAUGCAAAUUAGUAAGGCCGGUAUGUUUUUCCAAGAAAGGUGGCAACCCUAACUACUUUUCACAUACUCUUACUUAAGUAUGGAAACUUAAGAGGGAUGUAUGGGAACAAAACUUGUGUGGACUGGCUGACAAUGAAUAUAGUUAAAGAGACACUAUAGUCACAAGAAAAACUACAGCUUAUUGAAUUUGUUCUGGUUAGUAGAAUCAUUACCUUCCGGCUUUUUGCUGUAAACACUGUCUUUUCAGAGAAAAUGCUGUCUUUACAUUACAGCCUAGUGAUAACUUCACUGGCCACUCCUUAGAUGGCUGUAAGAGAUCCAUCCUGGGUCAUGGCUACCUAAAAUAAAUGCAACAUUCAGUGUCUCCUCCCUCUGAAUGCAGACACUGAACUUUCCUCAUAGAGAUUCAUUUAUUCAAUUCAUCUCUAUGAUGAGAUGCUGAAUGGCCAGGGCUGUGUUUGAAUCAUGCUGGCUCUUCCCCUGAUCUGCCGUUUUGUCUCAGCCAAUCCUAUAGGGAAGCACUGUGAUUGGAUCAGGCCACCACUUCUAAUGAUGUCAGCAGACUGCUUGUUUUUUUGAGUCUAACAGCAUGCAGAGUUACAGCUUCAGGCUUCAAUAGAGUAAGAUUUUUACUAUAUUUAUGGAGGCAUGAGGGGCCCAGGGGGGUUAGAUGGUGGUGUUAACACUAUAGGAUCAGGAAUUCAUGUUUGUGUUCCUGACCCUAUAGUGAUCCUUUAAGGUAAUGCUGACUCUGGUCUCUCUAACACUGUGGCAUGUUCCCUUUCUUCUACACUCACUACAUGCAGCUUUUUUCUGUCCCAGACUAUAUACCAGGAGCGUCUGCCUGCUAGUAAGAAGGUAAGUAGACAAGUGGACCAGCGAGUGCUAGGGGACAGUCCUUAGAAAGCGUUGAGCGAGCACAUCAUUAGAUGCAUUUAUGCCAAGCUCAGGGUGCUGUCUGCAUAGUAUGCCCUUAAUUGGCCAGCUGCAAGAUUGGCAGUCAGUCUGACAUGCAUUCAUGCCAGGCUGGCCUUCUAAUUCUUUGGGCAGACAUGUCCUCUUUUUGGGCAUGUUCGCCCCUUUUGGCAGGUUACGUGAUUUGUGUCAGUGGCACACCCUUUUACUGUGCCCAUUGACUUCCUGCUUGACUGGACACUGCUGUUAGGGGUUAUAGAUUUACUUGAAAGAUGAAAACAUAAAUUAGAGGGAGAUUAGCAUAGGGUAUGUGUUUUCUUAUAGUUGCUGUUUUCUUUCUCUCCAGCACCAUCUCCAUCAGAAACAUGACGCUUGGGAGUGUUUGUGUUUUUGGUCGAUAUGAUUCUUUAAUUAGGCCCGUCAUAAAUGUCAGCACCAGGCCCAUUGGGCUGUUAAUCUGGCCCUGUCCAGAUGUCGUGGACUACAUCCCCCAUAAUGCUCUUACAUCUAUAAUGCUGGCAAAGCAUCACAGGAUGUGUAGUGCAAAACAUCUGGAGUGCCGAAAGUUGCCUAUGCCUGCUCUAGUGGCUGUGUUCCAGGAAGCCACUAGAGGUGCUUUUGCGCCUUUAACCAAGUUAAACUCAUGUGAGGCAGAAGACCCUAUUGGAAAGCCUAAAUCAGCUGUGUUCUUGUUUGACUUUUCCCUUUAAUGUGAAAUUCACCUUUAAUUCACAUUGAAUUUCCAGCAAUUCUAGUUUUACAAUUACAAUUAUUUAUAUUGCAUCAACAUAUUCUGCAGCGCUGUACAAAAGACAAACAUUUAAUCCUAACAAAACACCUAUGGUAUAUGAGAAGAGUAGUUAAACAGGGCAGUAAAUAACCCUGUCAGAAUAUUUAAGUGAUUGAAAAUUGUUAUUAAGUUUUGUAAAAAUGCAAAUUGUAGCUGCAAAUUAAAAUAGCAGUUAGUUAUAUUUGAUUGGAUCUACUUAUCCCCUAAAAUUGUACAUGGUAUAUCAUUUCAUGCUUAGAAAGAAUUAAAGGAUCACUAUAGUGUCAGGAAAACAAACCGGUUUUCCUGACACUAUAUAAUCCUUAGGGUCCCCCCACCCUCAGGUCCCCCUCCCGCUGGGUUGAAGGGGUUAACCACCUUCAGCCACUUACUUUUAUCCCGUGCCGGGCUCCCUCAGCGCUGGUGACCUCUCCUCCCCCUCCGACGCCAGCUCCCGAGUGGAGCCGAAUGCGCAUGCGCGGCUAGAGCCGCGCACAUUAAAAACACCCAUAGGAAAGCAUUUCUCAAUGCUUUCCUCUGGACGUUCUGCAUGCUCAAUGCGAUUUUCGCAUUGAGCAUCAGGGAAGCGCCUCUAGCGGCUGUCAGGAAGACAGCCACUAGAGCAGGGGUUCUCAACCCAGUCCUCAAGGAUCCCCUACCAGUCCAGGAUUUAGGGAUUACCUGGGUGUGUCUAAGGUGUUUAGAAAAAGAAAAACACCUUAGAAUCCCUAAAUCCUGGACUGGUAGGGGGUCUUUGAGGACUGGGUUGAGAACCCCUGUACUAGAGGCUGGAUUAACCCUGCAAUGUAAACAUAGCAGUUUCCCUGAAACUGCUAUGUUUACAUCUGAAGGGUUAAAACCUGGGGCACCUGGCACCCAGACCACUUAAUUGUGCUGAAGUGGUCUGGGUGACUAUAGUGGUCCUUUAAGCUGUGUCUCUGGCAAUAAUAAUGCACCACCAUAGCCAUUUUAUAUCACUGAUAUAUUUGAAAUACCAAGGGACACUUGAUUUAGUUUUGAAUGUGUUGCAUUAAGUGUUACGUUGAGGGGACCUGAUGUAAUCAACAGCUGCAAAGUUUUGGAAACAACUUCCAAACAUGGGUCUUCCUGCAUGUUGUUUGACCUCAGGAACUCAUUGCUUAAAAAUACCUCCUACAAUUUUUAAGCCCUGUUCAACUGAAUAUGCAGAGGAGUUGUUGUAAUGAGACUAUUUUCCCCAGCUCAUAAUCAUCACUGACAGGGAUUAACCACAUGUGAAUACAAAAUCGAAAUGAACAGCACGAUAGUCAAAACAAUAUAUGCCCAAAAGACGUAAACUAAAACACGUAAACUAGGCUCAACAUGCAAGAAUGAAACAAACUAAGACAGUGUACUAUGCUGACACCAUGUGCCAUAUCUGUAUAAGCAAGAAAUCGUAUUUCCUUUGAAAACCAAAACAAGUGUUUUGGAGUAUUGUUACAUAAAAUUAGUUCAUGUCUGACUUUAGAAAGAAUAUUAUAUGAAUGACAUAUACAUGCAAGGCUUCAAAUGUAAGUAGUAACACACCUGGUAGGCCUUAUGCUGACACACUGUGUUAUUGUAGUGAAUGACAAUAUUGUAAAUAUUCAACUGCUGUGUUUGCUAUAUAAAAUGUAAGUCGACAGCAAAGGGUUAUUAUAAAUAGUGUAACACUUUUGAUCGCUUUAUUUAGUAAAGGAAAUGCCUUUUAAAUGUUAUUUUUUAAACUGUUUAAAAAAUGGUUGUAAAUGACUUUGAUGUAUUUAUUAAAGGAACACUCCAGGCACAAUAGCCACAACAGCUCACUCUAGUGAUGAUGGUGUCAGGAAUGCCCUGACACUCUCCCAACACACCCUAUUGAACCAUCGGGGCUCAAAAGGCACCGCUAUCCACCUCAAUGCUGGAGAGUGGGAUGUUCCUAAGAAGGACCUUCCAUUAGCUCUCCUGACCUAAGCUCUGCAUUGCAGAGCUUUUCUUAUUGGCGGAAAACAUCAGCUGAUCACUGUCAGUCAAUGAGCUAAGUUUUGCACUACCAAAUUUAGCUCAGGAGUGCUAAUAGAAGUUUGUAAUUAGGAACUUCUGAUUCUCUGUUGGAAGUACUGGAGGCAGAGAGCAUUAUUCUGCGGAACCCCAUGUAAGAAGCCUAACCUUUCUAAAACAGUAUGACUACUUACAAGCUGUAAUGGUUAUGGUACUUGAAGUGUUCCUUUAAAAAAGCAUAGAAAAACAUACAUAACUGCGCAGGUCUACAAAUCUCCCAUUUUAUGCUAAGAGAUAAUACUAUUAACUACAUGCACAACAGCCAAAAUAGAGCUAUAGUAAGAGGAGAGACUCCCUAAUAAAAAAGGGAAGACAAUCCUCCACUAGAACUACCCCCAAGUAGACAAUAUAUAUGUGUGAAAAAAAUCACAUAUUAAAAUACAUGUAUGGAAAAUAACAAUAACCUUUAUUAAACACCACUUAAAUAUUAUCCAAACCACAAAAAAUAAAUAAAAAUGCAGACUAAUCUCGACUAGAAAAGGCUGCUGAGCACAUCAAAACCAAAUUGAGUAUAACAGAUACAGAUAAGAUUGUUACAUAACACAGUAAGUCUAAACAAUGUAACAACCUCUGCCAAAAGACUCAAACGGCAACAGCAGCUUGUAAAGCAAGCCGAAAUAGUACUCAGCUGUAACCCUAAAUAUAUCUAGGCAGGAGGCACUGUAUAGUACACUUUCUACAUGAAAAAAUAAUAAUAAAAGAACCCUUACUUACUAAAACACAAAAAAUAGAUGACAGAUCUAUUGGUGAUAUCAAGAAAUCGAAAGGAUAGUAAGAUGGGUAGUAAAGAAAACUGAUAUAAAAAGUGAACGACAAACAGGAGGUAAAUCCUCCACUAUAGAUCUCCAAAAUAAGAGUGUAUAUGCCCCAAUAAUGCCAGUUGACCAGCCGGUCAUAUGUAAAUAUGGGUACAGCUAACGUACAUACAAGUGUGUGUUAAUAAAGUGCACAAAUACAUGCACAACAGAGCCCAUGUGCAUAGAUAGAGGGUAACUGUGUAUGGGUAUAAACCUUCACCAUUGAUAAACCACCCCACCUCUUAUUUCCCAAAUGAACCACAAACAUACUUGCUUUGGAUUAAAAUAGACCACAGCUUUAUUAAAAUAUAACUAUAUAAAUCAUUAAACUUCAACUUUAUAACAUAAAACACUAUAUACAUAAUUGCUCGAUAAAUAGAUACGUCACUGAGUACCACCUUACCAACCAAACAUAACUUAGGGCAGCUGCUCCUCCCCCUCGUUCCAACCAGCUCAAAGACUUUUCUUGGGCCUUCCAUUUCGUAAUGCUAACCACUAGCCGCUUAUUGGCUCAGUGGACACAUCCCUUAUCCAUAACUGUACCCGAGGUUAGGGGAGGGACAGCCUUACCCAUCCACUUUCCAUGGACCGCUGGUCCAACCUCCAGUUGACAAGGGCCAUAUACCGCCACAUGCCCGCUGGGCAUCCACAAGCCUGCUGGGCAUCCACAAUGCCCGCUGGGCUCCCACCACGCCCGCUGGGCAUCCACAUGCCUGCUGGCUAACCAAGCUGUGACAGACAAAACACACAGACAAAAAAACAUGAAAUAAAUAAGGGAAGGGAGGGCAGGAUAAAGUUACCAACUGAUUAUUAAGAAGGCUGCAAUUCUGUAAGAUGGCAACCUAUUUAUACUAGCCCACCAAUCUACCCCUUACUACUCCACUCACAUCCCAAAACCAAUUUAGCACAUUCCUCUGUAUACACUCCCGUCACACUCACAUGCUCCUGUUCUGCCUAGACCUUGCCUGGCUCCUCAGGGUCAUGAAUGUUAGUAAGCACCCUGCUAAGCCCUGAGCUUUCCUGAGUAAAGUGCAUGUCAUGAAGUUAAUAUUUUGGUUGUUAUUUAAUCCAGUACAUAAUCUAAUACAAAUUAUUCAAAAUAAAAUCACUAUACAUUAUGUAAGGAAAAUUAGAUGGUAGGGGCAAUGGUAAAUAUAAAAAAUAAUGGAAAAAUGCUCCAUAAAAUUGAAUAUUUUCUUUCGAUAAUUAAUUCUUUCAUAUAGCACUUAUUACAUUAACUUUAAAAGAACUAACACAGAAAAUAGAAAAAGUGAUUGAAAACAAAUUGCUUGCCUUUGCACACACUCCAGUCUUGCUUUUCUAUUUCACUCUGCUAUUUAACAUUCAUAACUGGAUAAUUAAGCUAUGAAUUUAUUAAAACAGUUCACAGUAAAUGUUUCUAUAUAGCUUCUCCUUUAGUUACGCUAUUACUAGCAUAUUUUAUUCCCAUUUUUGUCUCAGAAAUGUUAAAAUGAGGGCUCUGUGUUUUAAGAAUUUCCAUGUGGUUGACUCAGUCUCUCCUUGGGCCUCAAAACCAAGUAACCCUUCAUCUGCCAGCAGUUUUCUCAUUUACACCAAAUGAAUGUAGCACUGUUUUGGUUUAAUUUCCAUAAGCACACUGGAAGCAUGGGAGUAAAUCCCAACUUACUUAAGCAAUUUCUAAUGCAAUAAAAGUGUUCCACACUCCAGUCUCCUGGGAAUUGGCCACUCAUCAAAGAGUAUUUAAAAGCUGAUAUUUACAUAUUCUAUGAAACUAAUGUUUAACAGUCCCUGAACAUGUUAGUUGAAAAUAUUCCAUGUGCAAUGUUUUUACGAAAAUGAAUUUGAUCAAUGUGAUGAUAGCAGGAUCCACAAAAUAUGCAACAUUUAAAAAAUAUUGUCUCUAGCCCAGGACUGCAUAAAGAUUUAAACUGAAAAAAAUUACACUAAGUAAAAGAGCCAAUUUUAAAGAACAACAGUGCAGUGUAGUGGUUAUGAUGCCAGGAGUGCCCUGGCCUGCUCCCAAUGCAAGUAGUCAAAUUGUUUGGUAACUAACAGGGGUCUGCUGGGCACCAGCCACCUCCAUCAGUCCAUCUCAUAGCGAUCAGCUAAUGCUUUCAGCCAAUGAACUGGCAUUGUACUGCAUGGCUCAGCAGGCAUGGUUUAGCCCAGCAGAGUUAACAGAAACACAACACAUGAACUACUAUGUUUACAUAGCGGACUUGCAGUGGACAGGAACCAUGUAAUUGAUAUGGUGCUUGGAGUAUUUAAGAAAGAAAAACAACAUGAUAAGAUCUUGAAUAUACUAGCAUUUGUUUUUAAAUAAUUGUACAUCCACUUAAUAAUUUUACAAGCUAGCUAACCCUUUUACUGGCAAAUUCAUGUGUAAAUGGUUUUACUUUCAUUUACUUUGCAAAAUGAAAAUUAGUCUAUAAAGCCUAUUUAUACUCUGAAAGAUUACCAGCCUGUAACAAUCUUUUCUGCUAGGAGGCACGACCAUGACCAUGACAGGUACCCUUUUAUGUCUGCAACUGCGCAGAAAAUGUUAGUUAUCCUCUCCUGCCAAACAGUGAAUGAAGUCUCAAUGGGUUAUAACAGCAGUUCCCAAACUGUGUGCCGCAGCGCCCUGGGACACCGCGACAUGCACACAGGAUUGCCGCUGAAUGUUUCCCCGGUGCUAUGAUUAUAGCACCGGGGAAACAUUACUGCUCAACAGGGAUCCGGUCGAGUACCAUGGUCUUUUAAGACCGCGACAGGGCCCCUGUAAUGUCGGACGGCUGGGAGGACAAAUGUUACAUACAAACACACCCCUGCAUUCAAACUCAAUAAAAUAUAUACAAACACACCCCUUCACUCAAACACAAAUACGUCACACAAAUGUACAUCCACAUUUAAAAGUGAACAUUACAUUUAACCCCUUAAGGACACAUGACAUGUGUGACAUGUCAUGAUUCCCUUUUAUUCCAGAAGUUUGGUCCUUAUGGGAUUAAACACACCCCUGCAAUCAAACGCAAACCAUUACAUACAAACACACUCCUGUAUUAAAACAAAAUAAAUGUAUACAAGCACCACUUUAAACACCAAGCCUGAUUUUUUUGGGUGCUAAACUGCUAAAUAGUACAUUUGGGGCAUGCUUUUCAUAUCUGAGAGUCAAAUAGAAGCGUCAAAUACUGCGGUUACAGCGCAAUUGUAAACAUUCUAAUUGUUUAGGUACUAAACUGCUAAAUAGUACAUUUGUGGCCUGCACUUCAUAUAUGAGAGUCAAAUAGAAGCGUCAAAUAGUGCGCUUACAGCGCAGUUGUAAACAUUCUAAUUGUUUUGGUGCUAAACUGCUAAAUAGUACAUUUGCGGCCUGCACUUAAAAUCUGAGAGUCAAAUAGAAGCGUCUUAUAGUGCGCUUACAGCGCAGUUGUAAACAUUCUAAUUGUUUUGGUGCUAAAUGCUAAAUAGUAAAUUUUGGGCGUGCUCUUCAUAUCUGAGAGUAAAAUAGAAGCGUCAAAUAGAGCGCUUACAGCGCAAUUGUAAACAUUCUUAUUGUGUUGGUGCUAAAUUGCUAAAUAGUACAUUUACGGCCUGCGGUGCAUUUCUUGCAGUCCAAUAAACAAAAAAAAAAUGUUGACUAUUGGCGUUUACAUUGUCGCCUGACAUAAACCAUCUGUUAGUUUGGUCGGUGAGCGCAAAGAAUGAGGAGAGUGUCAAAUAAGUGACGUGGCCCUGGUCAUGGUGCUGUUGGUGUUGGUGGAGCUCCUGUUGCAAGGAGAGGACGUGGUCGAUCUGUGCCAGCUACACGCACAAGUGAAACACCUUCCUCAGGUGCAAGUAGGCGACAGAACCUUCAGCGUUAUUUGGUAGGCCCGAAUGCCGCUCUAUGAAUGGUGAGGCCAGAACAAGUACAGGAAAUAGUAGAUUGGAUGGCUGACAGUGCCUCCAGUUCCUGCACAUUGUCUCCCACCAGCCCCCCUGCUGAAAGCUCAGAGUUGGCACCUGCAGCCCAUGGCCAUCUGUCUUUCACCUCACCCCCUUGAAAAUCACGAAAGGAGUCUGAGCCACAAGUCAUGCAGCAGUCUCUUAUGCUUUUUGAUGACUCUGCUGGCGGGCUUUCCAUGGGCCAUCCACCUAGCCCUGCCCCAGAAGUGGAAGAGAUUGAGUGCACUGAUGCACAACCACUUAUGUGUCAGGAUGUGGACUUGCAAGGACCACCGCAGCAUGUCUCUGAUGAUGACGAAACACAGGUGCCAACUACUGUGGCUUUCUGCAGUGUGCAGUGGUUUUAAAAAACCUGAUGGCGGUGGCUGUCCCACAGUACGUGGUUCCCAGCCGCCACUACUUUUCCAGGCGAGCCAUCCCUUCCCUGCACAACCAAUUGGUAGACAAAAUCAGGUGUGCACUGCGCAACUCCAUCUGUGGCAAGGUCCACAUAACCACAGAUAUGUGGACCAGUAAGCACGGGCAGGGACGCUAUAUCUCCCUAACUGCACACUGGGCAAAUGUAGAGGCGGAUAGCAGUUUGGCGCAUGUCCUUCUGCCACCGAGGAUUGCAGGGCAUUUCUCUUUGUCUCCUGUUGCCUACUCCUCCUACUCCGCUUCCUCCUCUUCUACCACCACCUCAUCCGGCAGCGUAACACCACCAACUUCAGCACAGCCAGGGGGAAACGGCAGCAGGCUGUUUUAAAACUCAUAUGUUUGGGGGAAAAAACCCACACCACGCAGGAGCUGUGGAUGGGCCUGGAACAACAGACCGAUGAGUCUGAGUCUCAAGCCCGGGUUGGUGGUGUGUGCUAAUGGGUGAAAUCUCAUAGCAGCUCUGGGCCUAGCUGGUUUGACGCACAUCCCUUGCCUGGCGCAUGUGCUGAAUUUGGUGGUGCAGAAAUUCCUGAAAAACUACCCAGAUAUGUGAGAGCUGCUGCAGAAAGUGCGGGCCGUCUGUGUGCGCUUUCGGCGUUCUCACCCGGCUGUUGCUCGUCUGUCUGUGCUGCAGCGUAACUUCGGCCUUCCCGCUCACUGCCUCAUAUGCAAUGUGCCCACAAGGUGGAACUCCUAUUACCAUAAGGUGCUACAGCUAUUAAAGAAAAUUAAUGUAAAUAAAGCUCCAGGGCGUGACGGAAUUCACCCACGAGUACUUAAGGAGCAAAGUGGGGAAAUAAGUGAACCUCUGUAUUUAAUUUUUCAAGAUUCUUUUGUUUCAGGUGUUGUACCGGAGGAUUGGAGGAAGGCAGAUGUUGUUCCUAUAUUUGAAAAGGGUUCAAAAUCCUUGCCUGGAAAUUAUAGACCUGUGAGCUUAACUUCUGUAACUGGGAAAAUAUUUGAACGGCUAUUAAGGGAUAAUAUUCAGGAAUUCAUUGGGAAGAACUUUUUUAUUAGCAAUAAUCAGCAUGGUUUUAUGAAACAUCGGUCAUGUCAAACUAACCUAAUUGCAUUCUACGAAGAAGUAAGUAGAAGUAUAGAUCAGGGUGUUACAGUGGAUGUGAUCUACUUGGAUUUUGCCAAGGUAUUUGAUACUGUUCCUCACAAUAGGUUAGUCUUCAAACUAAAAGAAAUUGGUCUAGAUGAAUAUUCUUGUUCUUGGGUAGAACAUUGGCUUAAGGAUAGAGUAUAACGUGCUGUAAUUAAUGGUAAAUUUUCAGGCUGGACAAAAGUGGUAAGUGGUGUCCCUCAGGGUUCUGCUUUGGGACCACUUCUAUUUAACAUAUUUAUAAAUGAUCUUGAAAUAGGCAUUGAAAGCCAUGUAUCAGUGUUUGCAGAUGACACAAAACUUUGUAAAGUAAUAAAAUGUGAGCGGGAUAUUGCUUUGCUGCAGAGAGAUUUGGAUAGAUUGCGGGACUGGGCACUAAAAUGGCAGAUGAAAUUUAACAUAGAGAAAUGCAAAGUUAUGCACUUCGGGGUUAAGAAUGUACAAGCAACUUACACACUAAAUGGUAGUGAAUUAGGGAUAACCACACACGAGAAGGAUUUGGGAAUUGUUAUAGACAACAAAUUAGGCAGCAAUAUGCAAUGUCAAUCUGCAGUUGCUAAGGCCAGUAAGAUUUUGUCAUGUAUAAAUAGGGGCAUAAAUUCUCGGGAUGAAAAUAUAAUGCUGCCUCUUUAUAAAUUGCUGGUAAGACCACAACUUGAAUAUGCUGUGCAAUUUUGGGUGCCUGUUCUAAAGAAGGAUAUCAUGGCACUGGAGAGGGUCCAGAAAAGGAAUGGAGCAUUUUAGUUAUGAAGAAAGGUUAAAAAAAUUAAAUCUGUUUAGUUUGGAAAAAUGGCGCCUGAGAGGGGAUAUGAUAACUUUAUACAAAUAUAUUCAGGGCCAGUACAAACCUUUAUCUAGAAAUCUAUUCAUAAACAGGGCUAUACAUAGGACACGAGGUCACGCAUUUAGGCUGGAAGAAAGGAGAUUUCAUCUAAGGCAAAGAAAAGUUUUUUUUACAGUAAGAACAAUAAGGAUAUGGAAUUCUCUGCCUGAAGAGGUGGUUUUGUCAGAGUCCAUACAGAUGUUUAAACUGAAAUUGGAUAAAUACUUACAAAAACAUAACAUACAGGUAUAUAAUUUCUAAUUAGUGGGGUAAAAGCUGCUUGAUCCAAGGAGACAUCUGACUGCUAUUUUGGGGUCAAGAAGGAAUUUUUUCCUAGUUUGUGGAAAAAUUGGAAGUGCUUCAGACCAGGUUUUUUGCCUUCUUUUGGAUCAACAGAAACAACAUUUGUGAGGAAGGCUGAACUUGAUGGACGCAAGUCUCUUUUCAGCUAUUUAACUAUGCAACUAUGUAACUAUGUAACAUGCUGGAGAGACUGUGCGAGCAGCAGUGGAGUUUCAGAUGCAGCAUGCACGGGUCAGUCGCUCUGCGGAACAGCACCACUUCACCUCCUAUGAGUGGGCCUCCAUGCGAGACCUAUGUGCCAUUUUGCACUGUUUCAAGUACUCCACCAACAUCGCCAGUGCCGAUGACACAAUUUUCAGCCUUACUAUCACGCUUCUAUGUCUCCUUGAAAAAAUGCUGCGAGCGAUGAUGGAAGAGGAUGUGGCACAGGAGGAAGAGGAGGAGGAAGAGGGGUCAUUUCCAUGGUUAUCAGGCCAGUCAUUCACAAGUGGCUUGGAGUGGGUUCCUGCACCAGCAUAGGCCAGGUACACAAUUGUCCAGCCAGGGCACAGUUCUGGAGGAUGAGGAGGAACCGUGUUCUCAGCAGGGUUGCACCCAACGCAGCUCGUGGGCAUCACUGGAGGGGAUACAGAGGACACAGACAAUACACCUCCCACAGAGGACAGCUUGUCCUUGCCUCUGGGCAGCCUGGCACACAUGAGCGACUACAUGCUGCAGUUCCUGCGCAACGACUGCCCAGUUGCCCACAUUCUAACUUGUGCUGAUUACUGGGUGGCCACCCUGCUGGAUCUCCGUUACAAGGACAACAUGCCGUCCUUAAUUCCCUCACUGGAGCAUGAUCGAAAGAUGCGCGACUGCAAGCGCACGCUGGUAGAUGCGCUGCUGAGGGCAUUCCCAACUGACACCAGGGGCUCAGUGGAAGCACAAGGCAAGGCAGAGGAGUAGGGAGAGGUUGCCAAUGCAGCUCGAGCACCGCCAGCACCUCACAAGGCAGGGUUAGCAUGGUCGAAAUGUGGAAAAGCUUUGUCAGCACGCCACAACAACCAGCACCACCAGCUGAUAUGGAACGUCUUAGCAGGAGGCAGCAUUUCAGCAACAUGGAGGAACAGUACGUGUGCACAUGCCUACAAAUACUGCCUGAUGGGUCUGCCCCAUUCAACUUCUGGGUCUCCAAAUUUCGCACAUGGCCUGAGCUUGACCUUUAUGCCUUGGAGGUGCUGGCCUGGCCUGCAGCCAGUGUAUUGUCUGAACGUGUGUUUAGCAUGGCAGGGGGCGUUAUCACAGACAAGCGCAGCCGCCUGUCCACAGCCAACAUGGACAAGCUCACGUUUAUUAACUUGUCUGUACCUUGUGCAGAAUAGACAUUUAUACCAACCUCACCCAGCCAUUGUUAUAUUCAAGUGCACUUAUUCUUUGUUUUCUUUUUUUAUAUGUCCCAAUAUUUUGGGGGCUACCCCAAUAAAAAAUAAAUACAUUUAAUAAAUAAAUAAAUAAAAAGUGUUGGCUACCUCCUCCACCGCCGUUUUCUACCUACACUGCCACGGUCAUCGCCUCCUCAACCUAUGGGUCACUUAGUAUAAACUAUGUACACAUUAGCAGGGGCUUGUGAAGGCCUUUUCUCCAUGCAUCAGGAGUUGAGCUCAGUUUGAACAAUGAAAGAGAAUACCCUGCACUCCAGCCCUCUGAUAAAUGGAUAAUUCUGGUGAUCCUCCUGACAGCCAUGCCUUAGAUUUUGAUUUAUGUUCUUCCAAAGCUAAAAUCAAAGAUUCCAUCUAGUGCUAUUUUAUGGCUCAGCUGUAUUUUAAAUUUUUAUGUUAUUUUAAGUGAUUUCCCUAUCCACAUUUGUUUGCAGGGCACUUGUCCUACUCGUACCCCCAUUUUACUUCCUUUUGCAGCCCUCCAGCCCUUUCCAGGACUUUUUAGAGGCAUUUUUGUGCCCAAAAGUUCGGGUCCCCAUAGACUUCAAUGGGGUUCGGGUUCAGGGUCAAGUUCGGCCGAAACCCACCGGACCCGAACAUACAGGUGUCCGCUCAACUCUAAAUAGUACCUUUUACAUGCCUUUACUUAAGAAAUAUACAAUUUGACUGCAUUGUAUGUGGGCAUAAUACUCAAAUGCAGAUAUUUGUUUUACAUUCUGUUGUCAUUUUCAGUAAGUUAUACUGCUAGUAAUGCCUUUAGGCUCAUUACAAAUACCUAUAAACAGAGCAUUUGACCUUUUUUAUUUAUCAAUUUUGUCACACCUACAGUGUUUGAGAAAAAAAAAAAAUAUUAAUUGAUGUCCUGCUGGAACUGGUGUUUGAUACAGUAUGUCUGAUUGUUAUAUAUACCCUUCCAUCUCAUUCCAGGUUCCAUCUGGUCUCACAAAGCUUAGCACUGACCUUUUCUUGUAUCAGAAGCAUUUUGAUUGGCUGAAGAAGGCAGCUCAUGCUAUUCGAUCUAUGGACCAUGAAUUUACCAGUAUUCAUAACCGCAUUGACAAACUGGUGAAAAAGAUUGACUUGUUGGUAAGGACGUAUUUCAAAUGUAAUGUUUUCAUGUUGGUACAAAUAAUAUAUAGCUGCAGCUGUUGGUACAAAUUAUAUGUAGUUACAACUAGAAUUAAAAAUAAAUGCACACUGCUUCAGACAAAGAGAAAAUCUGACACAGUGGGCGGUGCAGGUGCUCACUCCUAAAUACACAUAGAUUGUCACUAAGAGGCACUCACACAGACAAACAAAGGUGUUAAGUCAUGACAAUAUGUGCUUAAUAGUUACAUGCACAGGUGAUAAAUCAUAGAUAAACACACAGGUGUCCUCUCAUAGACACACAUACACUCACUCGUUGUCACACACCCAGGUGUUUUAUCUUGUUUAUAUUGUUAUAUAAGGAGAUCAAGCACAUGUCUUCAUAACUGUAAACUUUAUUAAGAAUGGCCACCCACACUCCCACAAUGCAAGAGCCACUUUCUGACUGUACCAUUGUGCACAUAACAACAGGUUAGAUAUGGUUCAUACCAACUGAUAAUAUCAAUAUCACACAUUUCCCUUUUUCUUUUUAAACAGAAAGCUUACAGUACAAAUGUAUUUUAAACUGUAGUAUAUGUGAGAUAACUUCAGUAUCUUUUAACAUUGUUCAAUGAGACCAUUAGGUUUUUUGAUAUAUCAACCUGACAUUGUUUGCUUUGCAUCACUAGCAGGCAAGUCAUUCAAGCUUUGUAAAGUUUCUCUGGCAUCUUCAUUCUCCAGAUGCAAUGAAGUGUUUGAUGUAUCUUCACAGAUUUCUUUCACUGUUGAAUUGUUGUGAUCUGAUGGAAUAGCCAUCAAAUAUCUACGAUUCCUACAAAAGCAUUGUCCAUCAGUGGUUUCAACUACAUAUGAUCUUGAGAAUAUUGCUGGAUAACUGUCCCUUUAGUAUUCCAGUGGUUUGAACCUUGUACUCGUACAGGAGUUUGUACCUGAAGAUUCUCCAAUGGCUUUGCAGCUCGGUCAUAGUAUUCAUUUCUUUUUUCUCUGAGUUUCAAUUUGGUUUCAAUUACAUGUUUUUGUUGGAACCUUUUCCAUGGUUCAAAACUGGUACUCAUGUGACCCACUACUUGUCAAACAAUAAUUCUGCCGGUGACUUCCCACAUUUUAAAGGGGUAGCUCUAUUGCUAAGAAGAGCCAGACAUGGAUCCUUGUGUGCUUUUGUUGCUUAACAAAGUAUGUUUUUCACUAUCUUCACUCCAGCUUCUGCUAAUCCAUUUGCUUGUGGAUAUCCAGGGAUGGAUGUUCAAUGUUCAAAUUCAUAGGUACUGACAAAAACCCUAAACUCUCAACAAUUAACUUGAGGACCAUUGUCUGAUAUUAUUACUCUUAGAAUGCCAUGUCUCGCCAAAAUUGCUUUAACUCUUUUGAUCACUGUACUUGCUGACUCAUCUUCCAAUAAAGCUAUCUAUGGGUAAUUAGAGAAGUAGUCCAUGACUAAGAUAUGUACAUCCGUUGAAGGAUGCUCCUAGUGCUUCCUGAGGGCUCCAAGCACUCCAGCCGACACCAUAACCACUGUAGACUUCUCCAGAGAGCAAGACAGGAACAAGCGCUUACAAGAGCUUAGUAUUGAUAUAGCAAGGGAGUAUGACUAGCAUAGCAAUCCCUUGUAGCAGAUUCCCCCAGUAACGAGACGACACUUCGUUUUGAGGGUCAAGCAGAACUGACUGUACUGGCACAUAUAGCCUCUUUUAUUCACAAUCCACAAACAUAGUACUGCCCAUAGGGUUUUGAAAUACAACCAAUCAAUCCGUACAAUACACACAGACACUCCCACACAAAAUCCUCCCCUCUGCCUGUGAUAUGAUUACUGAACACCAUGGAAGCAGAAAAAUACAGUUUUUACAAAAUAUUAAAAACUUCCAAAAUAUACAUGCUAUUCACAUAAAACAUACAUUUUCAGAAUCCGCAUGCUUGAAAUAUACACAUACUCAAAAAUCAGGGCAAUUGGUUCAGGGUUAAAAAGUUUGUCCUAUUUGACAAAAUGAAGGAUGGUUUUUCUGCCAAAAACCAGUUCCACAGAGUCUUCUAUCCUGGAGAUAAUUGGGAAGUAAUCCAAUUAUCUCCAAGGACAGAGGCAAAACUCCAUUAGCCACAUGGUAGCAAAAUACAAUAAAAUACAUAAAAAUGCAUAAACCAGGUACAUUCAACAUAUCCCCAGAUAGCUUAGAUCUGAGCUCAAAUUAUUUCUGAAUGGCGCUCAGAUCACAUACCUACAGUUCAGUUGCCAUGGAGCCAAAGUCUUUCACAUAGUCUUUCAUUAUACGAAUGGGCUCCAUGGCAUAGCUAUCUGGGGUAACACUGCUCACAUAGGGAAAGUACCGAACGACCCGGCUUUCAGGUCUUUGAAGGGGAAAAUCCAGCAUUUCAACAUGGGGCCAGUCACAGGGCAGGAGGCUGGCAAUCAGUCUUCUCCAAUGCCCAGUGGCGAGGCUGGUUCCGCCACAAGAUAUAAUGCUGAUUUUUUUAAAACAAGUAAGUCCAUUCCUAUUUUUUUUCCCAGGGUGCCAAAGGAAAGUCUGUAUCCAGUACAUGCUCUUUAGGUAACUGAGGUAUGAAUUUUUGGCAAGUCCGGCAUUGAGUGAUCAUUGUCUCAAUGUUUUCAUUCAUGUUGGGCCAGUACAAAAUGUCUCUAGCUCUUCUUUUGGUCUUUUCUAUACCUGAAAGACCAUCAUGUAGUCUUUUCAGUAUUUGACUUUGCAAACUCACUGGUACAAUAAUCUUCUGUCCUUUCAAAAGCACCCCUUUUAUUAAAGAAAGUUCAGAAAUGUAUGGUUUAUGCAGUGUUGGUAUUAGUGUCUUAGAUUUGCCACUAGAAAAUGCUUUCUUCACUUGACUUAUAAGAGCAUCCUUUUCUGUAGCCUGUACAAUUGCUGUCCACAUUGCAUGACUAAACUAAAUCAAAGUUGAGAAUACUCUUCCAUACAAAUAAACAUUACAUUUUUCACAUCCAUAAACUAGUCCCAGUUUUGCUUUUUCAAUUUGUGCACAUGAUUUUUCUGUAUCCGUCGAUGCCCUUGAUGCAUAAGCCACAGGCAUCCAUCCCGAGACUUGAUUUUGAAAUAGAACUGCGCCCAAUCCAUUUUGUGAAGCAUCAGUUGACAACUUUGUUUUUGCUUUUGGAUCAACGAAUUGCAGAGUUGGUGCAGUAGUAAGCAUUUCCUUCAAUAACUUACAUUCUUUCUGACAAUUCACUGACCAUUCCCAGGUGUAGAUUUUUCUGAGUAGUUGGCGCAUUAGUGCAGUUUUGUCUGGUAAGUUAGGUAUGAUCUUGCCAAGGUAUAUCACCAUUCCCAGUAAGCGUUGUAUAUCCUGCUUAUUUUCUGGCUGUGGCAUUUCAGUAAUUGCCUUAAUCUUUUAUUAUGUCUGAUAAAACACCAUCUCCAGUGAGUUGUUCUCCCAAAAUAUUGAAUUGAAGUUUUUCUGAAUUGACACUUUGUCUUAUUGAACUUCAAAUUAUUUUUCUUAGCAACGUCUAAGACCAUCUUCAGUCUUUCAUCAUGUUCUUGCUUGGUUUUACCCUAGAUCAGAAUAUCAUCAAUAAAUACAGUUGUGUCUGGUAUUCGUUCUAGAAGUUGCUGCAUUGUACUAUGAAACACUUCCGGUGCCGAACACAAACCAAAGGGCAGUUGUUUGUAACAGUACCUCCCAUAAGGAGUAUUGAAAGUGCAGAGUUUCAUGCUUUCCUCCUCCAGUGGAAUCUGGCAAAAUCCUGGUGAUGCAUCCAGUUUGCUGAAUACUGUUGCUCCACCUAACUCCCCAAGCAAUUCUGGUUUUGUUGGUAAGUGGAAGUGUUUCUCUUGAGAUGCUUUUAUUCAGUUCUUUGGGAUCAGUACAGAUUCUGAGACCCCCAUCCGUUUUUUUCCACCAACACCAUUGAAUGAACCCAUUCAGUAGGCGUCUUGAUUUUCUUUACAAUAUCGUUUUCUUCCAUCCUGGCAAGUUCCUAUUUAAGACGAUCCCACAGAGCAACAGUAACAUUUUGCAUGGCAUGCACUACUGGAUGAAAACGUUCUUUUAGUUGUAUUUUUUGUUGCAUUGGAAGACAUCCGAUUCCUUCACAAACUUCAGCAUAGUCUGUUUUUAAAGCUUCUAUGUCCUCUUCUUUAUUCGUUCCAUCAAUGGCAUUUACCCUUUGAAUCAGGCCUAAAGUUUCACACAUAUGAAGACCCAGUAAAGCUGGUUUGUUUCCUGAAACUACCAGAAUAUUUUAUGCGUUUGAUUUCAAUAUUCCAGGAACACACUGCACUUGCCAAGCACUGGGAUAACCUCCCCAUUAUAUGUCUUUAGUUUGACUGAGCUUUUCAGAAGUUCUGGUUUGUUCUUCAGUUUCAAGUCAGUGACAUACUCCUCAAUAAUCCCUAUUUCAUUCUGCAUUUUACAUCUGAAAAUAUACCUUUCAUAGGCUUCAUUGCGUCUAGAUACACAGUAUUGUUCAAAUUUGUCUAGAACAACCCGAUAAUCAUCCCUUUUUUCAUCUGUAAAUAUGAAGGUGUUGUACAUAUCUAUUGCUACCGAUCCUGCUACAGUCUGAAAAAGUGCAAUCUUUUGUUCAUUAUCUUGCUCCUUAGUUCCUAUAACUCUAACAUAUAGCUGGAAUCUUUGCUUAAACCUCAGCCAUUACCAGUCAUUUUUAAUUCUGGUGGAGGAUUUAACUUUUCCAUCUCUAUGUUACUGACUGUUGAUUUAUUUUGCUAUGAAUUAUGCAGUAUAAAUGGAUAAGACUGUAGUGCUCCUCUGUUUGGAAUCACAGGCAAUUUUACAUGUAAUAAUGCACUUACUCAGUUCAUGGGAAGCUGUUGUAGUCACUGCGUGAGCUUUGGCCCAUCUCAUUUUAUUUGCUGCAAAGAUGAUCUAUGGAUUCCUUAGACUCCUUGCAUGUCAGUUCAGAUGGAAGCAGGGGACUCCUUAUUCUGGCACAUGUCUUCAUAACUGUAAACUUUUUUAAGAAUGGCCACCCACACUCCCACAAUGCAAGAGCCACUUUCUGACUGUACCAUUGUGCUAAUAACAACAGGUUAGAUAUGGUUCAUACCAACUGAUAAUCUCAAUAUCACACCAGGUGCUCAGUUGUAUUAUACAUACACAAGUGAUCACUCAUAGGCACAUAAUCAGAUACUUACAUAGGUGGUCACUCAAAGCCACACCCACAAGCACUUACAUAGGUGCUGAUUGUCAUACACAGGAAAUCAUAACAUUCAGAACAACAGGCGGAUGAGUAUUAGGGACUUUAACUUGUGAAUUGGUGAAUGGUGUCGGGAGCAAAGAUUUGGCUUAAUUUCUCAUGGUAGCUCUGUUUGGAAUGGAAAUAAACUGUACAAAAAAGAUGGUUUGCAUCUUUCUCAAAGGGGAACACAUUUUCCAGUGAGCAGUUCAGAGGUUUUGCUAGGAUGUAUUUAAACUAGGUGGAGUGGGGUGAUGAUAAAUCAUCAAUCCAAUUGCCCCCAAAAACAAGGACAGAAGGUGCCUGUAGCAAGUAUGUUAAAAAAUGAUAAGCUUAGAGUCAUGUCUACAAAUGCUCGUAGUUUACGCAAUAAGAUCCAUGAACUUGUGGCAAUAAUGGCAACUGAUGUAGAUUUAGUCACUGUUACUGAGACAUGGUAUAAUGAGAAAAAUUACUGGGAUAAUACGAGGGUACUCUUUAUACAGAAAAAGACAGGGAAGGCAAGAAAGGGGGAGCGGUGGCCCUGUAUGUGAAGGAUAGCAUAGUGUCUAGCAUAAUAAAAGUUAGUGAGGCGAACAUAGAGUUCGCUUGGGUUACGUUAGAAUUUGGUAAUCUCACAGUAACUCGUGUAGGCGUGAUUUAUAGACCCCCAGGACAAACAGAAGAGUUAGACAGUUUACUAGUUGAGGAAAUAGCUAAAAUGACAAUGAAGGGGGAAGUUAUCAUCACGGGUGACUUUAAUCUUCCUGAUGCGAACUGGAAAACCAAAAUAGCUGCUUGUGCCAGCAGCACUUAUGCUAAACUCCCUAUUGGGAUUGUCUCUAAAACAAGUCAUUGAAGAGGCAACUCAUAAAGAGGCCAUACUAGAUUUAAUGUUAACAAAUAGAGAUUUGUUAGCAGAUAUUACUGUAGGUGAAAGUUUAAGAUCCAGUGAUCAUCAGUCAGUGUGCUUUAAUAUAAGAACAGUGACUGAGUCACACCACACAAAAACAAAAGUUCUAGACUUUAGAAAAACAGACUUUUCUAAAAUUAGAAUAUGUGUAAAGUAGUCAUUAUCAGACUGGAGCAAUUUAAAUGGAGUCCAAUAGAAAUGAGAUUAUUUAAAAGUUGCACUGUUGAAAGCAACAGAAAAUUGCAUUAGGCUUGUCAGUAAAAGCAAAAAAUGUAAGAAACUACUGUGGUACUCCGCAGAAGUGGCCAAAAUAGUAAAAAACAAAAACUUAGCUGUGGCGAAAGUGACCUCGCCACUGGAUUUUGGAGAGGCCUGUUUCCUUGCCUCCUACCCUGUGACUAUUGGCCCUGCAAUAUACCUUGCCCAAUACACUUUAAAAGGCUACAUUCAAAUAAUGUAAGUACUUUUCUACUCCAUAAAGAGAGACCGACCGCUGGCCCUAAUUCCCUGGAACUGUUUUGGACAUGAAGCCAUGCUUGCGGCUGGUCAAAAAGAGACUUCCAUUAAACUUUUGAACCCCUGCUGGGGGAUUUUUGGAUAUGUUGUUCACCCAGAUCAGGGCUCUCCGGGGAUGUUUACACUGCAGGGUUAAUCCAGCCUCUAGUGGCUGUCUCGCUGACAGCCACUAGAGGCCGCUUCCGUAAUUUUAAGUGAGAAAAUCACACUGAAAUGACGUUGGACGUCCUCACAGAGUCCAGCGUCAUUUCAGAUCCCCAUAGGAAAGCACUGAGUAAUGUUUUUCUAUGGGCAGGUUUGAAUGCGUGCGCGGCUCUGGCUGCGUGCAUUUGGCUCCACACGGGAGCUAACGUCGGCAUGGGGAGAAGAGGUCACCAGCACCAAGGGAGCCUGGUGCUGGAUUAAGGUAAUUGGCUGAAGGGGUUUUAACCACUUCAGCCCAGCGGGAAGGGAGCCCUGAGGGAGGGGGGACCUAUUAACCCUAUAGUGCCAGGAAAACGGGUUUGUUUUCCUGGCGCUAUAGUGUUCCUUUCAAUUAGAGGGGCAAAUGUUUAAAAAUAAUAUCAGGAAGUAUUACUUUACUGAGAGGGUAGUGGAUGCAUGGAAAAGCCUUCCAGUUGAAUUGGUAGAGCUUAACAUAGUGAAGGAGUUUAAGCAUGUGUGGUAUAGGCUUAAGGCUAUCCUAGAUAUAAGAUAAGGCCAGGGACUAAUGAAAGUAUUUAGAAAAUUGGGCAGACUAGAUGGGUCAUCACAUUCUAUGUUUCUAUCACUGACACACACAGACACAGACAUAGUGAAUAGUGUGUAGCCCACGGUCAUCCACAGCAAAUAAAUGUAUUAAUGAAUAUACAUAUAUUUUGAAAUACACUGAUUGUGUUACAACCUCCUUCAUGAAUAAGAUGCCUUGGCUUUGGGCACUGACUACUUCUUUAUUAGGUCACCUUUGCUGAAUAACUAGCACCUAAACACUAUAAAAUGAUAUGGGGAUAUAUGCGCUGCCAUGGUGCUUGUUUAGGACAAGAAAAUAAUUGUUAGUAGAUGAACAUUUUGUGUUGGAAUAGGAAUACAGCCAGAAACCAUUUUCAUCUAAAGAGUUUCAUCGAUAACAAAUGGACUUAAAGGACCACUAUAGUGCCAGGAAAACAUACUUGUUUUCCUGGCACUAUAGUGCCCUGAGGGUGCCCCCACCCUCAGGGUCUCACUCCCGCCGGGCUCUGGAGGGAGGAAGGGGUUAAACUUACCUCUUUCUCCAGCGCCGGGCGGGGAGCUCUCCUCCCUCUUCUCCUCCUCUUCGGCUGAAUGCGCAUGCGCGGCAGGAUCCGCGCGCGCAUUCAGCCAGUCCAUAGGAAAGCAUUCACAAUGCUUUCCUAUGGAUGCUGGCAUCUUCUCACUGUGAUUUUCACAGUGAGAAACGCGGAAGCCCUCUAGCGGCUGUCAAUGAGACAGCCACUAGAGGCUGGAUUAACCCAUUUAUAAACAUAGCAGUUUCUCUGAAACUGCUAUGUUUAUAGAAAAGAGGGUUAACCCUAGAUGGACCAGGCACCCAGACCACCUCAUUAAGCUGAAGUGGUCUAGGUGCCUAUAGUGGUCCUUUAAUCAUAAAUGUAUGAUUAAAUCUAUUUGUCAAGGACCGGUAAAUUAAAAGGACAGGGUUUUUUUACACUGUAUUCUGAGAUGAUGGUUUUAUAUUUUGCCAAAUAAAGUCUACCAUUUGAAGGUUACUCUUUCAGUCUCUGCUUCCUUUCUCCUUUCACCAAAACAACUUUAUCCUAAUGAAGCAGUUUUUUGUAUAAAUCAUGCCCCUGCAGUCUCACGGCUCAAUUCUUAGCCCUUUAGGAGCUAAAUCACUUUGUUUAUGCAGCCCUAGGCACACCUCCCUGCAUGUGACUUUCCUAAACACUUCCUAUAAUUAUCUAAUGUUUACAUUUAUUGCAAAUUCUGAUGAAUUUAGAAUUUCUUAUCUCCUGCUCUGUUAAUUAAAGUUCAGUUUACAGAGCAGGAGAUAAACACUUUUAGGUAAAUUACAUCUGAUUGAAAAUUAAACCAUUUUGUUUUCAUGCAAGCUACAUCAGUCACAGCCAGGGGAGGUAAAGGCAUUUAACUCCUAAAAGGCAGUGAAUUAGGUAGUGAAACUUUAGAGGCAUAAUAUAUACACCAAAACUGCUUCAUUAAGCUAAAGUCGUUUUGGUGACUAUGGUGUCACCUUAAGAUUGGGAUAGACGUAUAGUGACAUUCUUUUCAGAUAGAGAUGUAAAAGCUAUAACUCAAAACAAGUUGCAUUGUGCCAGAAUGUUCCCUUAAGUCGUCUGCUGCAUUUUCUUUGUACAUGCUACUCUAUAAUUUAAGUUACACAUUUUUCUUUCCCACAGAUGAUAAAACUCAACAUUGUACGUGUCAGUGAUCCACCUUUGCCUCAGUUGCCUAACUCAACAACACAGUGGGGCGUAGUGCAAGCUGGCCAUGCCAUAUUCCACCACUUUCACCUGUUUUUGGACUAUGCUACGCGUGUUCUGUUUCUGAUGAAAAAUAAGUUGUGA